UUCCCGAGUGGGAGCUAAAUGCGGAUUUCGGUCGCGAUAAGAAGUCCGUGACGAGCGAUGGCCCGUCAACGCUCGCGACUGAGCGCCCGCUCGCUCAGACGCCCGACGGAAGCUGAAGUUGAAGCUGAAGCUGUGGGAGGAAUCGUCGUCGUCGCGCGCCCGACGGCUGAAGCUCGGAGCGCGCUGGCAUGAAGUGCAGGAAGAAGGUACCAGAAAUGUUCUAAAAGCCUUUUGGAGGAUCACGACUUCACAAGGGGAACCCAAUAUUGCAGGGAUACAUUGAGAGGUGACCACAGAUUAAAAAAGAGGUGACCGCCGUGGACGUCGUGUGCUCCCGAACUGGCCGUCGAGACGGAACGAAUUGUGAAGGUGGAGACGGAAGGAGAAGAAACUUCCCAAGAGACCUUGCGAAAAUCAACGAACUGAAGCAGAAAGAGAAGAAGAGGUGGAGGAGAAAUGGAUGGAAAGGAAGAGCAUGGAGAAGAGGAGCAAGGAGGACGAAAAGGAUCUGAGGAGACACAGGGCGGAAGCGCUGCCGUUGCCGCCGCCUUUACCGCCGCGGUGCGUCCCGACCCGGUGCGUCCCGACCCGGCGUUCAACAGGAGAUGCAGCUUGCUGGCCAGCGAGGUGAAGUACAAAGAAGACUUUGAGAAGAUGAAGGGUCAGAGUCUCUUUGUCCCUGCAGCAGAACUCGUUCACGCCAAGAACAUCAGCGCCGUCGUGUCUGAGUCCCAGUACAAGCAGGAGGGCAGGAAGGAGGCGUCGUCGUCCCUCUACUCCCUGCUUCCGGACACGCCGCAGAUACAACGAGCCAAAGAAGUGACCCAGCUGCAGAGCGAGAUUAAAUACAAAGAAAACAUGAAGACGUCGUCCUCACUCUACUCGCUCAUGCCAGAGACCAGAAACACUCACUUUGUCAAAGAACUCACUGACAUACUCAGUCAGAACAAGUACAAGGAGGAGGUGAAGAAUUUACUGAGCAGCACUUUGUAUUCUCGGCUUCCCGAGACCAGCGAGACGCAUCUGGCCAAGAGCGUCCACGAGUUUCAGAGUGAAAAAAAGUACAAGGAAGAAGGGAAGAGGAAGGCGUCCGUCUCCCUCUACUCCCAACUGGCAGACACGCCUGAGAUCCAACACGCGCUGGAGAUGUCCCAGCUGCAGAGCGACGUGAAUUAUCGACCGAAGGUGCUGGUCAAAGGAGCUCUGUCUUCUCUCUACUCUCAGCUCACCGCCACCAAAGAGAUCCAGUUCGCCAGGGAGAUGACCAAGCUGCACAGCCAGCUCAAGUACCAGGAGGACGGCAGGAAGAGCCUGAGUCAGACGUCCUACUCUCAGCUUCCGCGAACCAUGCAGACGGAAUUUGCAAAGAAUGUCGCUGAGCUGCAGAGUGAGCGCCGUUACAAAGAAGUGGGCAGGAAGGGCGGCAACUCGUCCCUGUACUCGCUUCUCCCGCAGACGUUGGACACGCUCCAUGCCAAAGAUGCCCGCGAGCUCGCCAGCCAGGUGAAGUACAAAGAGGAUGGCAGAAAGGAGAUGAGCAUCAUCUUGUACUCGCGGAUGCCCGAAACCAUCCAUACGCAACACGCCAAAGAAGUCUCGGACCUGCAGAGUCAGGUCAAGUACAAAGAAAGUGUUCAGCACAAGAACCAGAGCACUUUGUACCAUCACAUGGCUGAAACUACCGACACCAGACUGGCCAAAGAAGUCUCACAGGUGCAGAGCCAGGUGAAGUACAAGCAAGAAGGCAAGAAGGCAGUGAACAAGUGUCUCUACUCCACUCUGUCCGACACUUUGGACACACAACACGCCAAAGACGCCACGCGUUUGCUUAGCGAGAAUAAGUACAGAGAGGGCGGCAGGAAGGAGAUGUCCCACAGCCUUUUCUCCACUCUGAGCGACACGUCAGAAAUGCUGCUGGCCAAAGAGUUGCAGGACAUCCUGAGCGAGAGGAAGUACAAGGAGAGCGGCAGGAAGCAGCUCUCUCGGAGUCUCUACUCCCGAUUGGCCGACACGGCGGAGACUCAAUUUGCUAAAACCGUUUGCGACCUGCAGAGUGAGGUGAAAUACAAGCAGGCUCAGAAGGACGUGUCCGAGUCGCUUUACUCCAGCCUGCCCGCCACGCUGGACACGCUGCACGCCAAAGAGGCGUCCACGUUGCAGAGUGAGCUGAAAUACGCGCAGGCUCACAAGCAAGAACUCAAGUCCACUUUGUUCCACCGGCUGCCUGAAACUCUUCAAACGGUCCACGCCAAAGACGUCUCGGAGCUUCUGAGCGAGGUAAAGUACAAAGAGGACGGCAGGAAGGAGAUGAGCGUCAACUUGUACUCGCUGAUGCCACAAACGCUCCACAUGCAACACGCCAAACAGAUCUCAGACCUGCAGAGUCAGGUGAAGUACAAAGAAGGUGUGCAGCAGAAGCUGCAGAGCAGUUUGUACCAUCGCCUCCCAGAAACUUGGGACACUCAGCUGGCCAAGCGCAUGUCACAGCUGCAGAGCGAGGUAAAGCGUAGCGUCUCGUCAAUGUCGCAGAGCAAGUACAAGUCGGCGGGUGAGAAGGAGCUUCACAGCUCUCUGUACUCCGCCCUGCCCGUCACCAUGGAGACGCAGCACGCCAGGGACGCCGCCGAGCUGCUCAGCGAGGUCAAGUACAAGGAGAGUGGCAAGAAGAUGCCCACCUGCCUCUUCUCCAGCUUACCUGACACCUUACAAACCAUCUUCAGCAGAGACAUGACGCACAUGCAGAGUGAGAUCAAGUACAAAGAGGACGCGAAGAGAAGCCUAUCGCAGAGUUUCUACUCUCAGUUGGCACAAACAGCCGAGACUCAGUUUGCUAAAAGUGUCGCAGAGCUGCAGAGUGAGGUUAAGUACAAGGCGGGCGCCCAGAAGGAGAUGUCGUCCUCUCUGUUCUCCAGCCUGCAUCAGACGCUCCAAACUCAGCGGGCCAAGGAGCUCACGGAGCUCCAGAGUCAGGUGAAAUCCAAGGAGGGCAACAAGGAUGUGUCCUCGUCCCUCUUUCACCUCCUCCCGGAGACGCCAGAGACGCAGUUUGCCAAGCACGUGUCGGAGAUCCAGAGCGAGGCCAACUACAAGAGAGACAAAGAGGACAUGUCCACCUCCUUGUACUCUUUGAUGCCACAAACGCCCGACAUUCAGUUUGCUAAAGACAUGGCCGACAAGCACAGCCAGGCCAAGUACAAGCAGGAGGCCAAGCAGCGGGCUGCAGCGUCGUUGUAUUCCAAACUGCCCGAAACCCUGGAGACCAAACACGCCAAAGAAGCCGGCGCACUGCAGAGUGAAAAAGAGUACAAAGCUGUGGGCAAGAAGCAGAUGACGUUGCCUCUCUACUCUCAGCUUCCUGACACCUCAGAGACGCAGUUGGCCCGAGAGGUGGCGCUGAUUCAGAGCGAGAACAAAUACAAAGAGAGCGGCAAGAGAUUGCAGAGCAUCAGCUUCUACUCACAGCUCCCAGAGACCAAUGACACCCAGUUUGCCAAAAGUGUGUCAGAGAUCCAAAGUGAGAACAAGUACAAGGAGGCGGGCCGGAGACAAGCAUCCGACAGUCUGUACUCCAAGCUGCCCGACACUCUGGAGACUCGGCAUGCUAAAGACGUAACACAGCUGCAGAGUCAGGUGGCCUACAAGAAGGAGCACAAGCAGGAGGCCAGCAGGACACUUUACCACCAGAUGCCUCAAACCACACAUACAGUGUCGGCCAAACAGCUCACAGACUUGUACAGUCAGGUGAAGUACAAAGAAGAUGGGAAGAAAGAGAUGAGUAAGAACUUGUACUCAGUCCUUGCUGAGACCUCAGAGACGCACUUUGCCAAACAGAUGUCCAAAUUACAGAGCCAGAGCAAGUACCAGAAGGACAAAGAAGAUCUGUCUAACUCUCUGUUCUCUGUGCUGCCUGAAACUCUGGACACUCGCUUUGUGAAGGACAUGGCGGACACUCACAGCCAGGUAAAGUACAAAGCGGCAGGAAAGGAGGCGGCCAGCAAUGCUCUGUACCAUCAGCUGCCAGAGACGGCCGAGACACUUCGUGCGAAAGAACUUUCUGAGCUGCUGAGUCAAAACAAGUACAAGCAGAGCGGCAGGGAAGUGAUGGCAUCCAGCCUGUACGCUCAGCUGCCGCAGACGGCCGAGACGCAGCUCGCCGCUAGGAUGUCGGAGCUGCUUAGCAAGUUUAAGUACAAGGAGGAGAGCAUCAAGAGCCUCUGUCACAGCGCCUACAGUCGGCUGGUCGACACCGCCGAGACAGGACUGGCCAAGACGCUCUCCCAGCUGCACAGCGAGACCAAGUACAAGGAAGCCGGCAGGAAGGAGGCGGCCAGCAGCCUCUACCACCGCCUGCCCGAGACCGUGCAGACGCUGCACGCCAGGGCGGUCACGCGGCUGCAGAGUCAGGUCCAGUACAAGAUGGAAGCUUUGAGGGCUCAGGGCACCAGUCUGUACUCGAAGCUGGCCCAAACCACCCAGAUCCAGUUUGCCAAAGCCGUCAUGGAGAUUCACAGUCAGAAUAAAUACAAGGCAAGAAGUCGAGAGGAGAGCGGCAGCAGCGUCUUUCACAAGAUGGCCGACACCAAUCAGACAGAGUUCGUCAAGCGCUUGACGGACGUUCAGAGUCAGAGAAAGUACCAGAAGGACAAAGCCGAGCUGUCCGUGUCGUUGUUCUCUUUGCUGCCCGAGACUCCGGACACACGCUUCGUGAAGAACGUGACGGACAUGUUGAGCCAGAGUAAGUACAAGGAAAGCAGUAAGAAGGAGCUGGUCAAGAGUUUGUACUCACUGCUGCCUCAAACCAAAGACACGCAGCACGCCAAACAACAGAGUCAGCUACACAGCCAGAAGUUGUACAAAGAGGAGAGCAAGAAGGAAGCCGCCUGCAGUUUGUACGCUCAAAUGCCUCAAACCAUCGAGACCGUCUUUGCCAAAGAGCUCAGCAAGACGCAGAGUGACAAGUUUUAUAAGGAGAAGUAUAAUCACGACAAAGGCAAGUCGGACUACGUCAACAUGAAGACGCUGCCGGACGUGGAGCACGCCAUGGACGUCAACAGGAAGCAGAGCCACGUCAGCUACGGGAAGGGGAAGGAGGAGCUUCAUCGCUACAACACGGCGCCCGACAGGGCCGACAUCGUCAACGCCACCAACGCAGCCAAACUGGCCAGCCAGGUGGCCUACAAAAGUGACGCCAGGCAGUCGGUUGUGAGUGACAGUUCCCUCCUGGCGCGCGCGGACAUCAAUCACGCCAAGGAAGUGUCCAAACUGGCCAGUCAGGUGCAGUACAAGCGGCAGGCGCACGGGCGACCUCGCUACAACCCGCUGGACUGCGUGUCCUUCAAACACACCCAAGCCGCUGCGGCGCUCGCCAGUAAGGUCAACUAUAAGAGCAACCGAAAACACGAAGGUUCUUCCGACCUGCCGAACCUCCUGCAGCUGGAACACGCGCUGCACGCCAGCAAACUGCAGAGUAACGUGGAGUACAAGAAGAAGUACGGGCAGAGCAAGGCCAAGUACCACCUCACCCUGGACACGGCUGAACAGCGCCACCAUAGGAAGAAUGUGGUGCUGCACAGUCAGGUGAAGUACCGCGAGGAGUACGAAAAGAGCAAAGGUCACACACAUCUAGAGUUUGCGGACACGCAAACAUACAAAGUGCAAAAGGUGGCGCAGAAGCUGCAAAGCCAGAGGGAGUACAAGCGUGACUAUGAGGAGCACGUGAAGGGAAAAGCCUUGGUGGAGGUAGAGCAGACGCCGGAAUAUCUAACAGCUCGUCAGGCCACCGACCUGCUUAAUGAGAAGGAGUACAGAAAGGACCUGGAGCAGAAAGUGAAGGGGCGGGGCUUAUCUGGCCUGGGCCUGGAGGACACGCCCGAGCUCCUGCGGGUCAAACAAGCCAAUCGGAUCCUGAACCAGAAGGAAUACUGCAAGGAUCUGCGCACGGACGUGCUGGGCAAAGGGAUGCGGCUCAGCGCCGACGUCCUGGAGGUCCGACGGGCCAAGAGGGCCUCCGACAUCCAGAGUCAGAGGUCCUACAAGCAGACGGACCAUCUCAGGGAGAACUCAUACGGGACUGUCACCGACACUCUGGAACUUGUGCACGCCUCUUACCUCAAAGACGUCUACAGUCAGAAGAAGUACAAAGAUGCCGCCGAGCGUCUGCGAGCUCGUUACAGUGCGGUGUCGCUGACUCCCGAGAUGGAGCGAGUGAAAGCCAAUCAAAGACACGUCAGCUCGUUGCACUACUGCUGGGACUCCAAGCUGAUGAGAGGUCUCAUGACCCCCGUGACCGACACCCCAGAGAUCGUCCUCGCCAGAGAGAACGCCAAGAAGAUCAGUGAUGUGCGGUAUCGAGAACAGGUGGGCUGCGGGACCGCCGUCAUGGAGACGCCCGAUAUGGAAAGAGUCCGACGUAACCAGGAAAACAUCAGCACAGUGAGCACGCUUGCACACACAUGCACGCUUACAUUGAUAUCUGUCACACAGUGUGUGUGUGUGUGUGUGUGUGUGUGUGUGUGUGUGUGUGUGUGUGUGAGAGAACAGGUGAAGUACCAGCGUGGGCUGCAGGAGGUUCGGGGGCGCAGCUGCACAGAACUAGACACCCCCGAGUACAGACGGGUGCGGAGGUCUCAGGACUCUGUUUCCAUGGCCAAGUACCAUGAGGAAUUUGAGCGCACCCGCGGUGGCAGUUCUACGACUGGAUUGGACGAGGCCGGCACGGAGCGCUACCAGCGGGCCAAUCACGUGAUAGCAGACGCGGGUCCCAACCAGAUGAUGGACACGGACAGACGACCCGGAGGCAUCAUCGUAGAGCGGGUAGAGCGCAGGCUGAGCAGGCCUCCGUCCCGGCAGUCUCACAGCUCGCUGCCCUCUGAACUCUGGGAUAGGAGCAGCUGCGACACGCCGGCCCCGGUGCUUCCCGGAGCGUACUACCAGGGGGUGCACAUGCAGCCGCAGCCUCAGUAUCAUGGCUACAUGCAUCAGACCAGCAUGUCGUCCGUCAGAUCCGUCACCUCGCCGCCACACUCGUCCGUCAUGCGUGUCUACCGGGCGCUGUACGACUACGCGGCGCAGGACCACGACGAGGUCUCCUUCCGGGACGGCGACGUCAUCGUCAACGCGCAGCCCAUCGACGAGGGCUGGAUGUACGGCACCGUGCAGCGCACCGGCAAGUCCGGGAUGCUGCCCGCCAACUACGUGGAAUGUUGCAACUAGGGGGCGCGUGCGUGCGUGCGUGCGAUGACUUCAUUUUAGCAGCAAAACACACACAUACACUGCAAAACUGCUAAAUCUUUCCCAAAACAGCUUACAUCAAACAAGACAUUUUGAAGUGAAAAAAAAUAUCUAUCAAUGGAACGAGUAUAAACUGACUUGAUAAGCUUCUUAAAAUAAGAUCUUGUAUCUUCGAACAAGUAUUUUCUUUUUGUAUUGCUGAAAAUUUUGAAAAAAAGCCAAAACUGUCUUAAAAUAAGUGCAGUAAGAUUUUUUCACUAGAAAUAAGAAAUUCACUAGGUAAGAUUUAGCAUUUUUGCAGUGUAAAGUUUAUCAUGAGGGGAAAAUUUUUUUUGUUGCUUUUUUUGCUCUGGUGUGUGUGUGGGUGGGUGUGUGCGCGCUUAUGAUUUAUGUAUUUUUUUCCACUUUUCAUCUCGACAAUAUCACUUGAUCACAGCACAUUUAGGAAAGUCUGUCUUAGUGUUUUGUGUGUUUGAUUUCACAAAUGCAAUGAAAUUAAUAUUUUGUGAACUCAGAAAUACUGGUCAACUGUUUUCUUUGGUUUUGGAUCAUUUGAAUUGAGGUUUAUUCCCACGUACUCUUGAUCUCUGAUUCUACUUUAAUCGCAUGUUAUUUCACUUUAUACAGUAUGUCACCACCUAAUCUAUGUAUUGCUGUGCCUCAAUAGACACACACACACACGCGGUCUUAAAUGAAAUAAAACAGCAUUUGUCAGCACAAA